AUGGUUCAGGACGACGUUCCGACCAUAUUACAAGAAUUUAUACAACCUCGUGUAAUAAAUCAAGACAUGUUAUUAAAUUUAGUAACUGAACAAGGACCGAAAGAAAUAGCGGGUAAACUCUUUUACGAAGAUGGUAUUGAAUUGAAUGAAACAAAAGAAAUUCGAAUUGAAUUCCUUAAUAUUUUAAAAAUUGAUUAUCUAUGGGUAAUGCCAAAUCUAACAAAAUUAAAAAUAUCCAAUAACAUAAUUGAAAAAAUAGAAAACCUAGAUGUUCUCGUUCAUUUAAAAGAAUUAGAUCUUUCUUUUAAUCAUAUUAAAAUAAUAGAAAACUUGAAUAAUUUAACAAAAUUAGAAAUAUUGCUUCUGUUUAAUAAUGAAAUUAGUGAGGUGGAGAGUAUAAAUAAUUUGUACAAUCUUACAAUUUUUAGUAUUGGUAAUAAUAUUAUAACAAGUUGGAAACAUGUACUGUAUUUAAGAAAAUUUAAAAAGUUACAUAGUUUGAACAUGAGUGGAAAUCCAUGUACUAAAGAAGAAGGAUAUUUAGAUUAUGUAUUUGCAUUUAUACCACAAUUAAUUUAUUAUGAAUACAAAAUGAUACCAAAAGAACAAAGAAAAGAUGCCUUAGAAAAACAUUAUAGGACCUUAAGUAUUUUAGAAGAAGCAGAAAUAAAAGAAGAAAAAGAAUUAUAUGCACAACAAGAAUAUGACACACAAUUAGCUUUUCUUACUACUGCAUAUGUAGAACAUCUUGAUGGAUAUCAUCUCUUUUUUCAAAUGUUUGAAAAUGAUAAAGAGGGAAUAGAUCUAUCUAUGGUAAAUGAAGACACACAAAAUGCUUAUGAAGAAUAUAAAAUAAAUUUUUCUACUAUAUGUAAAGAAAUUUGUGAAAUAGGUUUAAAAGAACAUGAUAAACGUAUAAAUGAAAUAAAUACAUUUGAUAAUGCUGUAAAUGAGGGUAAAGGUAGUUCACAAAAUCUAGGCAGAAUAAUUGUAAAUGAAAUUCUGCAAAAGAAAACUAACAUUUUAGCUAAUGUUAAACAAUUAUUAAAAAAAUUAGUUGGAGAUGUAGACACUGCUACAUUAGAAGAUAUAACUCAAAAAGCACAACAACUUUCUGAAGAAUUUAAUGAUAUAGUAACUGAUGCAUGGACAAGAUUGAUGUCCAUUGAAGUAGAUCUACAUGAACAAAUAGAGGAUAUAAAUGAAGUAUUUAGAAUUAAUAUCUCUGAUAUGGUGGAUUCUUUUCUAACAAUUGCACGAGGAUAUUUUUCACAAUUACGUAAUUGUGAAGCAGAGUAUAAUGACACUAUUAAUGGAUUAAUUUUGUACUAUCUUAGUGGUUUUGGGAAUGAUACAAAAAUACCACGUCAUUUAUUGAAUUUAUGUGAAGAUAAAGACAUGUUAAAUUACAAUCUUAAUAAUUCUCAUGAAAAACAUUUACAAGUAAUUGAUGCUCGAGAGGAUAUUAUGUUAACUCGAUUAAAAACUUGGCUCGAAGAAUAUAUAGAACAAAUAAGAAAAUAUGAGAGUGAAAGAAAUAGUCAACAAAUAUUAGAAAUAUCACAUUUUGCUGAUUCUCAACAACAAGAGCUUUUGCAACUGUUACAACAAUUAAAUCCAAAUGUUAAUGAUUCAGAAAUUAUAUUAGCACUUGAUACGUAA